AUGGGUUCUGCUCAUUACUGGCACCCUGAAGUUGUUCACAUCGUUACUGGAUUUGAUUGUUGUCUCACUGGAAAUCCAACUACAAUACCCACUACAACCACAAUUACUGUUUUUACUACACGCACCACUACAACGACAACAACCACGCCUGUUAAAACAACAACACCAACAACAACCACACCAACCCCAACAACAACACCUACUACACCAACAACGACUACUACAAUAACCACGCAUACAACAACACCUAGUACAACCAUGCCUACUCCAACCACGCCUACUCCAACCACGCCUACAACAACAACAGGUACAAUCACGCCUACAAAAACAACACCAGCAACAACUACGCCUACAACAACAACACAAGCUACAACCACACCUACAACAACAACACAAGCUAUUACCACGCCUACAACAACAACACCUGCUACAACCACGCAUACAACAACACCAGCUACAACCACGCCUACAACAACAACACCAGCUACAACCACGCCUACAACAACAACACCAGCUACAACCACGCCUACAACAACACCUGCUACAACCACGCCUACAACAGCAACCAUGCUAACCACGCACACAACAACGACAACGCCUAUCACAACAACCACACCUACUAUAAAACCUACUUCAACAGCCACGCCUGUUACAACACCUACACCAACUUCAACGACCAUGUCUACAACAACACCAACUACAACGACUGCAACGACCAUAUCUACAAAAACACCAACUACAACGACUCUGCUUACAACAACAACGUUAUCUACAACAAUGCCUACGACCUCAACUAAACCUACUCUUAGUAUUGGAUUGCCUUUAACAAUUACUAAACCUACAACGACCAACACUAAAAUUUCAUUAACUACCCUUGCUUCGACAACUAUAUCUACUAAAUCCAAGACUGCUUCUACAACAACAAAAAAUAUGUCUAAUACAAAGAAGACUGUGUCUUCAAUAUUCAUACCAAGUACAAUCGCAACGUCAACUGCAACCAGCAUUAAUUCACAUACAGCCACGAUCUCAACCACCAGUCCUAAUGUCAUCUGGAACCCUUCUACAACAACCACAAGAACUUCACUAACUACUCAGAAAAAUGAUAAUGGUUUGUAG